AUGAAUAAUCUUAAAGCUAUUAAAUUUCUUACAACAGUAGAUCCAAGUUUUAUCGAUCAAAAUCUACAAUUAUAUUCAAAUAUCUAUGAAAAUAUGCAAUUAGGUGAUUACGGUCCAAUUGAAUCUUCAAUUCUAGAAAAAUAUCAUAAUCAAUGUAAUCAUUUUUGGCAAAAAGCAAAUAUAUUUCAAAUAAAUCCAACACCAAAUUUUGAACAAUCUCAAUCUCAAUCACUUGCACUACCACUAUCGUACUCAUCUAUUUCAACAAUGCCACCACCUUCAUAUUUAUCUUGUGAUAAUAAUAUUUGUUCAUCAUCAUCAAAAAUAAUUAAUGUUGAAUUUCUUUAUACAACAACUAUUGGUAUAACAAUAACAACAAUGAAGUAUAAACGAAAUCAAUUAUUUGAUUUACAUGAACUUGCUGCAAUAUUUGAUUGUUUAUGGAAAUCAAUUUACAUGAGUAUACAUUUUGAGAAAAAUAAUUUAUGUUAUUGA